GACUUUCUUGUAUACUGCAGAGUUCGGGGGGUGGGAGUCCCUACAGUGAACAUGUUCAAACAUUUUUUUAUAAUAAAGGCUGGGGGUAAGGGGGAGAAGGGGUGGUACUACUUCGACCCUCGGUCGUCCAGUAAAGGGAAUAGGAGUUUAUUCUCUGCUGGACCGUCAUCCAUCAAAGGGUGGAAAGAAAAAUUCUUCUUUGUGGAUGACACCGAGUGGAGUAGGAGGGAUGCCGAAGUGGAACAGUUGUCUGCUUGGAAAGCGAAGAAAACCAAGCAGAACAACUAUAAGUUGAAUGAGGAUGAGGUGGAGGAGGUGGAGAAGCUGGUGAGGGAAGAUGGAGACGUAGUGGAUAUCUUGUACCUCACUAGUCCGAAGGCAAUAGAGGCUGCUGAGCUCUAUGGGCCAAGCUCAUUGAGCGAAGCUGAGAUGGACGAGUUCGUUAAUGCGGCUGGGGGCUUGCACAUCCCAAAGAAGCCAAGGAAGAAGUCAAAGACUUCAACUGCGGCGGAGAAGGGGGUGGCAGUGAGGGGGCGACUGUCCAGCACUUCUGCCCGGGCUGUGGAGGUGCAGCCAAGGCCGGAGCCUGUGAUGGGGGGUGACGAGGAUGUAAGUGAGGAGGUGGCACCUCUCCAGAGGAAGAAGAGGAGGGUGGCAGAGCCAGAAGCCAAGGGGGACGAGGUGGUGGAGUUCGUGCCCUGGCCUUUUCCUCCAGAAAUUAACCCUGAAGACAGGGAGAGGUUGAGGUGCGAGGUGCGAGGCCUUGGUGGGGGCAAGGAGCGCAUCCCUCCUCACGCGUACUAGAAGAGUUUGUUUGAGGCGACAAACACGAUUGGGGCAAAGCACUUCCUCAAAUCUACUCUUCCUGAGGUGGAUAGGAUGCAGGUGAAGGACGAGGUGGUUAGCCAUGUGGGGUAUACCGUUGUGAGGCACGCCCUAGAGGUAUGCG